CCAAAAAUCCAAAAUCCAAAACCCCUCUACUGUCUAUCUUUUCUCUCCAUUCCAUUAAUAUGGAGAUCAUAGCUACUGUAAACACAAAACCCUUUGCUGGUCGUUCAGUUUCAGCUCUUGGGCUCUCUUUGCCAUGCCUUACAUCUCCAUUUUAUAACCAACGGAAAAGAAAUCUGGUCAUUAGGGAUUCAGUUGCUGUUGAACAGCAGACUCAAACUAAGGCUGCUGUGAUUAGAAUUGGUACUCGAGGAAGCCCACUGGCCCUUGCCCAAGCUUAUGAAACACAGAAUAAACUGAUAGAGACACAUCCUGAGUUAGCUGAAGAGGGUGCCAUUCAAAUUGUGAUCAUUAAAACCACUGGUGAUAAAAUAUUGAGUCAGCCGCUGGCAGAUAUAGGUGGAAAGGGUCUAUUCACAAAAGAAAUAGACGAGGCACUAAUUAAUAAUGAAAUUGAUAUAGCUGUCCACUCAAUGAAAGACGUUCCCACAUAUCUUCCCGAGAAGACAAUAUUGCCUUGCAAUCUUCCACGUGAAGAUGUUCGGGAUGCCUUUAUUUGCUUAACUGCAGCUUCACUGGCUGAGCUUCCAGCGGGAAGCACUGUGGGCACUGCUUCUCUAAGAAGGAAGUCCCAAGUACUCCACAGAUAUCCUUCACUAAAUGUGCUCGAGAACUUUCGAGGCAAUGUACAGACAAGGUUAAGAAAAUUAAAUGAGGGAGUGGUGCAGGCAACAUUAUUGGCAUUAGCGGGGCUCAAACGCCUCAACAUGACAGAAAAUGUUACUGCCGUUCUGUCUAUUGAUGAUAUGCUGCCCGCUGUUGCUCAAGGAGCUAUUGGGAUUGCCUGUAGAAGUGAUGAUGAAAAGAUGGUGAGUUUUGGUUCCCUAUCAUGCUGAACAAUACAAAUUGAUACUGCCACACUUGACGUUUUAUCUGGUUUUAUCAAACCCUUCGCAUAUAUAACACUGCCAUGGGCUUCUGUUCCAUCGGAGCAACAAAGUUCUCCGGUCCAUACUUUUUGUAUCUACCGUUCCACGGACUGAAUUGAGACUAGUUUCUCGUUUUCUGUAGCUAUGUUUAUGAAAGUUUGAAAUUGAUCUCCGGGCAGGAUAAAAACUUCCCACAGCUGAUAUAGUUAUCUUGCCACAUCAGCAGUGGAAAGUUUUUUCUUGCUCAUUGGGGACAGGAGGCCUAUAUGAAAGUUGAACUCUGCUGCCUGUACAGGG